AGGCUGGCUUCAGAUAGCGGUCGAUGUGUAUUAAGGGGCCCAGUUUGCGUCAGGAAGACAUCCCCCCCCCCCCAUUAUAUUCCCAUCCCCAGCCUGAACUGUUGAAACAGGGCAGGUUGGGUCCAUGGACUCAUGCUGUUGGUGCCAAAUUCUGACCCUACCAUCUGAAUCCUCAGAGUCCUGUUCUGGGCUGACACGAGUGGAACCUGUUGUAAUCCAUCCACCUCAAGGUUUGAUGUGUUGUGUGUAGUUAUUUGAGUAAUCGUAACCUUUUCAGCUCAAAACCAGCCUGGCCAUUCUCUUCUGACCACUCGAAUCAACAAGGAUUCCACUCACUGGAUGUUUUUGUUUUUCUAUACCAUUCUGUGUAAACUCUAGAUACAGUUGUGCCUGAAAUACUCAAAUCAGCCCAUUUGGCCCCAGCAACCGUGCCAUAGUCAGUCACUGACAUCAUUUCUUUUCCCUGUUGAUGUUUGAUAUGGUCAGUAACGGAAGCUCUUGGCCUGGGUCUGCAUGGUUUUAUGCAUUGUGCUGCUGCUGCCACAUAAUUGGCUGAUGGUAUAAUUGCAUGAAUGAACAGGAGUACUGGUGUUCCUAAAGAAGUGGUUAGUGAGUGUAUACCAAAUGUGACAACAAUAUAGUUAUAUCUAAUAAACUUGCAGAAAUAGUCUUAUUUAAAAAAAAACAAAAGAACAACAACCAAAAAAAAAAAAAAAACCCCAGCAAAUCUGUUGUGCUUGAUACACGCAUAGCAGAGUAACACCUGCUAAGAUGCAACUGUCAUCAGGGUCACUGCUGUGCUAAAAAUAGCUCACAAAUGGCACCCAAAUAAUAAAUUGUCACUGGAGGUCCCUGAUUGUGUGCAGUAAAUGUGCACAUACAGAGUGACCUAUAUGGUAGGUGUACCUGAAAAAAUGAGCAGUAAAGAUACAAGAUAGGAAAGUGUAUCUAAUGCAGUAAGCCUGUGUGUGUGCCCGUGCGCGCUAUCGAUAAUUCGGUCUAUCCUCUAGCAAGCCUUACUUUGUGACGUGUUUCCGGGUCCAUAAACGUAAUCAGAAUACGAAGGAAACAGGGUCGGAUUGUUGUUUGACUAUCACGCCAGGUUAUGAUUUUGUGCCAGUUUAAUUUAAUAAUUGUCACUUUAUUAUUAAACAGUAAUUUUUUUCAACGUGGGGAGUAAAAAAUGUCCAAAAAUUGAUAUUGUGGCUGUGGACAAGAAAGUGGCACUUUGCAGAUCCUGCCCAAACACUCACAUAUUAGACAUAAGUGGACGGUGUUUAUUUCCCCCCGCCCCGAGAAUUUCAGACAUACACUAACUCUUCGGCACAGUUCAGCUCGGAUUACAGCAGCUCACAGGGUUUGAAAAGUUAUUAAAGGAUGAAGUCAUUCCAACUUUACUGGACCUGACUACAAACCCACACCAUAUCACUAGACGGCUUUGGUUGCCGCAUUAUACACAGGAAACAGCAACUGCUGAGUGCCGUUGCCAUGGAGAUUGCCUGUGAGGAGAUGGCGCGUGCAGUUGGUGCUGAACUACAGCGAGAUGAAAUCACAGUUAAUGAAUGCACAGUGACCUUGCGUGUACCAAAGCUGGAGUCCUCCAGUGAGGACGAGGAUGUUUUGGGAGGAUUCGGCGGUGAUGUGUGCUGCAUGUGUAGGGGACGCAUUGCUUUUCUGGACCACCAGCCUGAGCAUCUGAUCAAGCACAAAGAUGAGGCGUAUUGCCACUUCUGCCAGACGAACUUCUCCCACAUGAACUCGCUGGCCUUGCACCUGAAAACUACCCAUCCCGAGUACCAUAUAUUCUGUAAACGCUGCAAGGUGUACAUGGGGCGACAUCUAACAAAGGAGUGGACUGCAGAAACUGACAAGACCCCAGAGACCCCAAAAGAGGAACCUCUGGACGAGGAGGUGGAGGAGGUCAUAAUUGAGAACGAGGAGGUGGAAAUAAAGUAUGUGAAGGAGGAAGAGGAGGAGGUUGUUGUUGGAAAGAUGGAGGAAAGAGAAGAAAACAGCAUUACAGAGACUCCAGAGGAUAACAAGAUGGUCACCAGAACCUUGCAUGAUCACACCUAUUUCUCCACAGAAACUUGCAGUUCUAUCAGGGAUACUACAAAUAAUGCUGUUAUGUACACCAGCAGUGAAAAUGUGCUUGUUUUUAUUAAUGAAACGGACACUAGAACAUCCCCUGAAUACUCGUAUAUGAAAAGCGAGCAGCAGGACACCCCAGUGGAUGAUCAGACGGUGUGCAGAGGCGUACGUGAUCAUACUUACUCUUCCAUUCAAAGCCUUGUAAAUUCCAUGCUUCCAGCAAAACAAGUUAUAAACUCCAGCACUGAAAGCAUGGACGUGUUUGAUAAUAAAACAGACACUCCGAUAUCCCCUAAGGACCCAGAAGGUACUGAAAGUGAACAGGAUCGGAUAUGGAAGCAUGAGUUGAUGUGCAGGGGCUUGCUUGAUCAUACUUACUUCUCCAGACAAAUCCUCGCAAAUCACACAGCUCUCUCAAAACAAGUACCUUCACUUAACACUUGCAGGUCAAGUAUACAUAACGCCGGCCAAGAAAAAUGGUUGAAAAUCCAAAACCACAGAAAUAAUGUCACUAUGACUGAUCAAGGAACCACUCAGCACUCUAGUGCACCUAUGUUGGGAUCAUCACAGUUGGAGUAUAAUAUUAAGGUGGAGGAUGACCUUUAUGAAUUUAAACCCGUUCAGGAGGAUGUAGUGAAAGGAGAUGGGGAAAGUAUUCGGAGACGUGACCCUGAGGACACUGACUCUUCACCCACAGAUAACUUGGAAUACACAUCUCAGGAUGACUCUGAUACAAUAUCUUGCACAUCCGCAGACUAUAAUUGUGACAUUGUGGAGGAAGAUUGCACAAUCACCAGUUGGAAUGCUUAUCAGAAACAUUGUGAAAUCGCGAACCAGAAAUCACUCGACUCUGUAGAUUCUGUGAAUUCAAAUCCUGCAACCAGUUUGUAUAAAGACUUACAGAUCAGCACUAGCCUUAGCAAAGAUCCAAUCACAGAGAAGUCUAUGAAGCUGUACACAUGCUUGCUGUUUAAAUGUUCUCUGUGUGGAAGUGUGUUCAUCACUGAAGAAAAGUUACUGAACCAUCAAGUAGAGAAGCACCCUUUGGCCAAAUAUGUAUGUGUGAGGUGUCUGAAACUAUUUCCCAAACAGAGUGUCUUCCUACAGCAUGUUUGUAGCAUGUCCAAGGGGUUUCGCAGAGAAUCAUUAUCCCCAUCCAACAACUCAAACAAAACAAAAGAGCCACUGCACACGUUUCUGAAUUUGGUGCCCUCGCCUGCUGCUACAGAGUCUUCUAAGCAACCCCACAGCAGUCAGAGAGUCAACGUUAUUAAUACAGCUAAGAAUCUUGGAACUGUGUUGAAGUCCACAUCACACUCAUUGCCCAACCCACCCAAUUCUUGCACCCAAAAGGUUCCAGUACAAGUCAUGGCCACUAGGUCAAGUUCUGCCGAGAAGAAGGCGGCGACACAUUUAGUCUUAAAUGAAAACCAAGGACAAGUGAUGACUCCCAUUUCUGCAGUUACUCAGAAUCAAAUUGGACAGGUGCAGGUUUUAAGUCCGUUGCAGGCCAAUGUGGUGACUCAGACCCCUUCUUCUUCUAGUUCUACUUUAUCAGCUUCUUCUUCUUUAUCAUCAUCUUCUACUUUAUCAGCUUCUUCCCCUUCUUCUCCUUCCUCUUCUUCUUCAUCUUCUUCUUCUCCUUCAUCUUCUUCCCAGAUCCUCCUUUCUUCCCAGGGCCAAGGACAAAUGACAUCCAUUUCCACAGUUACUCAAAGAAAAAGUGCACGAAUGCAGGAUUUAACUCCAUUGCAGAGCAAAGUGGUGGCCCACACUCCUACAGGCAGUGCAGCAUUGACUAUGAGCAUUGUCUUGCCUCAGAACCACUCAUCAUUUGGAGUCCACUUACCUCAUCCUUUACUAUCUCAAGCCUGUAGCCCCGAGUCAAUUCCAUCCCAAACAGGUCAACAACCUGAAUCCAGUGUUCCUUUCCUGGAUAUUUGUAGGUCUUCUCCAUCUACUCAGAUCCUUCCUUCAUCCCAGGCGCCUUUAAAAAUAGUGGCCAUGUUUGUGAACCAGAGCAAGGAGCUGGCCCUGCAGAAGCGCAUGCGCCAGAGUUGGCGCACCAAAGCUGUGUUUUCAUGCCGUCAGUGUGGCGCUGUUUCACGCCAGUUCUCACUGGGUGUGCGCCACCGCUACCAGCACCGUGGGCCACGCCUCCACAGAUGCCAGUGUGGCCGAGCCUUCCAGCAGCGCAUGCACCUGCUGCGCCAUCAGGUUCAGCAUGCUGAGGCUACACGCUAUGUCUGCGCUGCCUGUGGCAGGAUGUUCUGUGGUACGCAGAACCUGGCCUGCCAUAGGCCCCUAUUCAGGGUCACACCAACAAAUAAGAAAAGAAACGCAAAGAAAGAGUGCAGGAACAUGUUUCAGUGCUACUGCGGCCUUUCCUUUAUGAGACCUGCUGCCUUAUUGUGGCAUUUGUUAAAAAACUCAAAAACCCGCAAACCACGCUUAAAAGGUGUCAGACUUACUUGAUUUUGCUUGAUUCUUUGCAGUAAAUUACUGUGUAAAUUGCAGUCGCUUAAGUUGCAAAGUGAAAUGGGGUGCUGCUACAUGUGCAGUGCGAGUCACUAAAGACUACUAGAAUGGUUAUAUUUUUCUGCUGUAAAAUAAUCCUUAAUGGAGAGGUGGGCAUUAAAAUCCCUGUGAUGUUGGACUGGAUAAUCAUGAGUUGUGAGUCUGAUUAAUGUACACUCUGGUAUUACAUACCAUUUUAUAUAAAAACAGAUGCUUUGUGAAUGUUG